CUGGCUGGGAGGCCAGGAGAAGUGUUUUGAAGCUCUUGAAAAUGCAAGAACAGUCAAAUUCCACUCCUUUCUCUGUGCAAACCUUAAGCAAGUCCAGACAAUGCCCACAUACUUUUGAGGGAGUCAUCACCGGAUGAAGAGCAAAUACUUGUGUGAGGGGGCAUAUCUUCUUAUGACAUCAAGGAGAAAAGAGUUUACGGCGCAGAGAAGGACCUCCUGCCUGGUUUUUGACGUCUGGUGGAGCUGUCACUGUUCACAAAUCAACACUUGACUUUGCACUGAAAGAUGGAUUUGAGUGAAGAAUGGAACUUGGAUGAUAUCAGCUGGUUGACCCAAAGCGGGAUUUUUCAGUUUGCCAGUGUAUUGAGAGAGGCGGAGGUUUCCAAAGGCGCUCCAGCAAUUUUUGGUGCCCGUCAGAUAGGGCCCACCUCAAUUUGCUAUACUUCCAGUACUCCUGCCCAAAUACUGGAAGAAAGUGGCUGCCUUAACACAGAUCCACAGCUAUUUGGCAACAGGAAAGAUGGUUCCCCAUUAAUGCUUCAAGUGAUCGAUGAUAUUGAAGCGGAAGACUCUCUGUGCUCCUUCGACCUUCCCGACUUCAUCCAGGUCUCAGAGGUGGAAAUGAGAGGUUCAGAGGAUGUUGUCCCUGGCACUGUGUUACAACGGCUGAUCCAGGAGCUGCGUUAUGGCAACCCAAAUGAGAACAUGAACCUGCUGGCCAUCCAGCAGCAGGCCACCGGGAGCGCGGGACCCUCCAACUCCACUGCCGGCACGCUCUCUUCUUCCACAGAGAACCUGGUACUGGAAGACCCACAAAUGGUCCAGCACUCGGCGCGCCAGGAACCACAGGGCCAGGAGCACCAAGGGGAUAAUUCUGUGAUGGAGAAGCAGUCCAGGGGUUCCCAACCUCAGCAGAACAAUGAGGAGCUGCCCACUUACGAGGAGGCCAAAGCCCAGUCUCAGUUUUUCAGGGGUCAGCAGCAGCAGCAGCAGCAACAACAACAGCAGCAGCCAUCAUCCAACACUGUUGGACCCAAUUUUUAUACAGCUGGGAACUCCUGUCCAAAGUCUAGAACAGAAGGGAGGCCAACGUUGGCCCGUGCCAACAGCGGGCAGGCCCAUAAAGAUGAAGUACUCAAAGAGUUGAAGCAAGGCCAUGUCCGCUCUUUAAGCGAAAGGAUAAUGCAGCUGUCCUUGGAGAGAAAUGGUGCCAAACAGCAGCCCCCUGUCUUGGGGAGAGGCAAGGGGUUCAAGACGGGUGGGCCGUCGUCCUCUCAGGCUGCCUCUAAAGGCUUGGACCAAAGGGGACCGCCACCGGACUAUCCUUUCAAAAGCAAGCAGUCGGUCUCUCCCUUUGGCAAAACUCAGGAGCUUGGGUUGUUUUUUAAUGACCAGCACUCUGGAAUAAUCCAAGAAAGCAUGAAUCCCUCCUACGCAGCUCCACAAACUACCAGGAGUGACGCCACUAUUGUCCGCUAUCAACCUCCACCAGAAUAUGGUCUGCCCAGCCGUCAAUGCCAGUCAUUCCCAUCAAUAUCAUCAGCACAGCAGCACAGUCCGAUGUCAUCCCAAGCCUCCUCCCUGAGCGGACCAUUGCACUCUACCUCUUUGCCUCCUCUCUCGAUGGCCACCACAUCCCAGUCUUUGCCUGCGACACCACCAAGCCAGCAGCAACAGCAGCUUGCACCAGAUGCAUUUACAAUAGUGCAGCGAGCCCAGCAAAUGGUGGAGAUGCUAUCAGAAGACAACGAGGCCUUGCAGAAAGAGCUGGAGGGCUACUAUGAGAAAGCCGACAAGCUUGAGAAGUUUGAACUAGAAAUACAGAAGAUUUCAGAAGCAUACGAGGACCUGGUGAAGACCACCACCAAGAGAGAGUCAUUAGACAAGGCAAUGCGUAACAAACUUGAAGGAGAAAUCCGGAGGCUCCAUGAUUUCAACAGGGACUUGCGUGAUCGAUUGGAGACCGCCAACAGGCAGCUUGCGUGCAGAGAGUUUGACGAAGAUAAGGCAACAGAAGGUCUUUAUGCUUCUCAGAACAAAGAAUACCUGAAAGAGAAAGAGAAACUAGAAACGGAGUUGGCAUCCAUGCGCCUGACCAAUGAGGAGCAGAGAAGGCACAUCGAAAUCCUGGACCAGGCUCUGAACAGUGCACAAGCCAAAGUCAUCAAGCUGGAAGAAGAGCUGCGGAAGAAACAAGCACAUGUUGAAAAGGUAGAAAAGCUUCAGCAGGCAUUGACACAACUUCAGGCAGCUUACGAAAAGCGGGAGCAGAUGGAGCACCGGCUGCGCACCAGGUUGGAGAGAGAGCUGGAAUCCUUGAGGCUCCAGCAGAGGCAAGGGAACUACCAGGCCGCCCCUUUGCCAGAGUACAAUGUGCCCGCAUUAAUGGAGUUAGUGCGGGAGAAGGAGGAGAGGAUUUUGGCUCUGGAAGCUGACAUGACCAAAUGGGAGCAGAAGUACCUGGAGGAGAGUGCCAUCCGACACUUCGCCAUGAAUGCUGCAGCCACUACUGUAACAGAAAAGGAGGCCCUAGCCACGAAUCACUCAAGGAACGGCAGCUAUAGCGAGAGCUCCCUGGAUGUUGUCCGUUUGUGGCAAGAAGAAGAAGAGAUUUUGCAAGCCAACCGGAGGUGUCAGGACAUGGAGUACACGAUAAAGAAUCUGCAUGCAAAAAUCAUUGAGAAAGAUGCCAUGAUCAAGGUCCUUCAACAGAGGUCCAGGAGGGAUCCUGGCAAAACGGAUGCCGCAAGUUUGCGCCCUGCUCGGUCGGUUCCAUCAAUCGCCGCAGCAACAACAGGGACCCAUUCCCGACAAACUUCCCUCACCAGUAACCAAAUGGCUGAGGAGAAGAAAGAGGAGAAGACCUGGAAAGGGAGCAUAGGAUUGCUCUUGGGGAAGGACCCCAGUGACCACUUGCCUGCACCAUCGCUGCCUCCCCCUCCACUGCCUUCUUUGCUGUCCUCCACAUCCUCUUGGCCAGUGACCAUCUGCCAUACAAAAAUGGGCAGCAAAGAUAGCAGCACCCAGACAGACAAGGGCUCUGAACUUUUCUGGCCAAGCACAGCUUCUUUUCCAGGUCGAGGGAAAUUGGGUAGUACUCCAGGAGGCAGUCCAGCACUGAGGCACGCUGGAAGCAAAGGCACUGGAGAGAGACUUGAGAAUGCACCUAGUCAUGGGAAGCUCCCUGAGAACAAAGGCAGGGUAAGCAGUCUCCUUCACAAGCCUGAAUUUCCAGAUCCAGACAUGAUGGAAGUCCUUAUUUGAAGCUAUGGACACCUUUUCUGCUUUCUGUGCAAGUGCGCACAAACCUCAAGACGGGGUGCUGUUGCUGGUUUUUCUUGUUGCUGUGCAAAACGUAGAACUUUCUGGAGAACAACAUGAAGCUGGAACAAGGAAAUUUAAGUGUAGAAGGAAAGCCUAGGUGAAUUUGACUUUUGGAGACAAAGAGGAAGGAUAUGAGAUGUCGGAAAUGAACGUUUGGGAUGUUUGCUCUGUACAAUCAACCAAGUUUUAAUCGAUGGGAUGUAGUAGAUUUGACGAUUUGAUGAAGCGAUGGCGACGAAACAUAGGAAUGAAACUGCAUUUUUGUUGGGAAGGCAAUAUUUUAGAAAGGUGCAAUGAGCGCACCAAAUACUCUUCUGCAAUUAUCCAUAUAGUAGCAUCACUUGUUGGUUAACAAGAGCUGCUACAUUCUCCAUGUGAAGCGUGUUGUACUGCAUAUAUAUCUGGAACAAGGGAGCAGGACUUCCAGAUACAGAGUUUUAGAAACGAUCCCGCUACCUUUUUCCUGCCUACUUUUUGUGGUCUUUUUGCUAUCCUAUGAUGCUUCUCAGUCCUGGAGGCAUGCAUAUAUCUGCCAUUGUGGGGGGAAAGGCUUUGGGAAAUAUAUAACACAUCCUUUCUAUAGAUUAUUGACAUUCUGAGUCUGUAUUUCGUAUUUAUUAGGCCAGAACAGUAUCCUUAAUGCUGUUGGCAACACAGAAACAGCAUGGACCUUGUGAAGGGCGGCUUGAUGCCCUCCAGAUGAACUGGACUACAAAUCUUGUCUUUUCCAGCCAGUGCUGAUAUUGGCUGUUCUGGCAGGAGAAGGAUGAAAGUUGUAGUUCAACUCACCCAGAAGGCAAUAAGUAAGAGGAAGUUGGUUUGGAAUCAAAUAUCCAGAUACUAAAGAUAU